AACAGGGGGUGUGUGUGUUGUGUGCUCCACGUCGCGGUUUGGUGCGGUUGUCUCGUUUUUCGGCUGUUACGUGGAAGCGGCGUCCCGUCGUCCCGGCUCGAGCGGGGCUCGGCGAUAAGCGCGUGUCUAUCUCUUCUUUCUCUCUCUCUCUUCUCUGUCCGCGGCGAACCACGCGACUAAUCGUUUCGCGAAACGACGCGGUCGUCGGUCAUCGUUAAGACGGAGGAGGAGCGAGAAAAUGGCCGACAGUUGGACGCAGAGUGUUAUUUGCCGGUACUUCAAGAAUGGCGCUUGUCGUGAAGGAAACAACUGUCGGUAUCGGCAUGUGCAAGGGACUAGAAGUGACGCGAGUUCCAGUGAGGUGAUGACAACGUCCGCCGGUGGCACGAGUCACGUACCAAUUCAUUCCACCACUUGCCGCUUCUUCAAACAUGGCACGUGUAAAUUUGGCAAUCAGUGCCGUUAUCGUCAUAGUUUCGCCCAAAAUAGUACAGACAACAAUACAACAACAGAAAGCAUCACAACCAGUCAGCAUACAGUAAACUCUUUGAAAAAUAAAAAAGCCGACAAACGUACAGCCGAAGAAUGGGUCAAGGCACCUGAAUUUGUGCCCACAGCUAUACCUGGAUCAUCUACAGACGAAACAUCCUCCUCAGGGUCGUCCACGAGUACAUCAAUGCCACUUUCGUACGCUCAUGCUGUCAACCCAUCAGGCCAAGCGUCGAGCCCUGCCUUAGAACCUCUGUGCCCGUACGCAGAAACAACCGGAAUGUGUAAAAACUUGAAUUGCACAUAUCUCCACGGCAACAUUUGUGAUUUGUGUGGCUGUGCAGCUCUUCAUCCACAUAACGAGGAAUUAAGGAAGAAACAUACAAAUGCGUGUAUGAAACGACAUGAAGCGGAUAUGGAGUUAUCUUUUGCCAUUCAACGUAGCAAAGAGAAGUCCUGCGGUGUUUGUUUCGAGACCAUAAUGGAGAAAUCAUUGAAAGAACAGAGAUUUGGUAUAUUACCGAAUUGCAAUCAUUGCUUUUGUCUAACUUGCAUCAGAAAAUGGCGUCAGGCUAAACAGUUCGACAACAAAAUUAUAAGGGCGUGUCCCGAGUGUCGUGUUCCAUCGGAUUUUGUUUGUCCCAGUAUGUAUUGGGUGGACACGAAAGAAGAAAAAGAAAAACUGAUCAGAGAUUACAAAGGCGCUUUGAGCACCAAGGACUGCAAGUAUUUCAACAAAGGACGUGGCAAGUGUCCAUUUGGUAAUAAAUGUUUCUACCUUCACGCACUUCCCGACGGGACCAAGAAGGAUGUAGGCCCGCCGGUACGACAAAGGCGCAAUACCCCCGACACCGAUAUCGACAUCUUGCACCAACUGAUCUUGUGGGAUUUCCUUGAUGAAAGAGACGAUCGUUGGAUGUAUCUCGAUUUAGAAGAUAUUCCUUUCUUAUCAGAUUCUGAGGAGUCUGAUUGGUCCGAUUAUGAGCUGUCGUUCGACGGAUAAAACUAGUCGAUCGACACGUAAACUGCCUUGAUAUCACUGUUAUCAUUGCUACUCUGUUGCUACACGUUUCAUAUCUACUUCCUUUAAUUUUUACGCGCGGGUUUAGCAAAUAAGAAAAUUGUUAGGUAAUUAGCAAAGAAAAAAAAACACUUUGAGUGAUGAUUAUAAUUUAAAGACAUUUUAGCGCUAAUUUAAAAGUAAACAAAAAAAAGGAGAGAAAAGAAGAAAAAAAUGUGCGCUCUUUCCUAAAAGAACAAUUCAUAGAUAAGAGAUGUGUAAUCGGUAUAAUGGUGAAACACUUUGUUGAGUAGGUAACUUCUAUUGCAUUAUGUUUCUGUACUAUCCUGUAUAUGUGUAUGUAUAUGUGUACACGUGUGUGCGUAUGUACAUAUGCAUGUACGUGUGUGUAUAUAUAUAUAUAAAACUGAGACAUUGUUGAUAAUACUUAUUGAAAAUUCAUAUUGAAUCGAAUGCACUCGCUACAAUGAGAAGAACGUAGGUCUGAUUUGCCUCUUGGGCUAGGCGCGCACAUGUGAUUCUCCGUCGCCGCGAUUUCAAAACGAUUCAGGUCGCGGGAAGAUGCGCGCACUGACGACCAAGAGUCUCAAUUUUGGCAUUUCGAAACCUGGAUUUUUUUUACAAGUGACUCCGCUGUUAACGCUUGAAAUCCUAGAACAUACAUCUUGUGUGAGUCUGCGGGAGGAGAUCCUGUGCGUUUUUAUUCGCGUUCAAUUCUAAGACAUGCAAGUAUCGGCAUAAAUUGAAAAAAGGAAAGCAUGAAAUCGUCAUACAGGCAUAUCUCGACUUACGACGCUUCGCACAGUUCUACGGGCAGAGUUGUUGCUCCUCGGUUGUUUCUUACCCCCCCCCCCCUCCGAAUCACGUCACUCACUUCGAGGUUCUCACUUAGCGCCGUGACGCUAUCGUGCAAUAGGAGUCGCUACCUCGCGACAGCUCUCGCUAAUUCGCAAACUUGAUAAAAACCAGUUUUCUUCAGACUUCUUUUAUUUCAAUCGUCAACACAGGAGCGUUUAUGUUUUUUAUGAAAUCGCAUCAGUAAUGUCUCAAAUAAUAUCUCAACAAGAAAACGUGCAACUCUUCAUACGCAAACGACAUUGACGCCCUUGUCUGUGCAUUGUUGUCAAUUUUCAACACGGUGCUUUUCCGACUCGCGAACGUUGUCGAGUUACGACGUCCUUCUUCGGAAUCGAAGGUGACGUAACUCCGGAGUAUGCCUGGUUUGUUUACAGUCCGAGGUGUUCUUGAUUUUGAACGUUUUUGAUUGAAAAUUAUUCGAUCACAGGAGAACCGUGCGAUUUUCGCAAAAGGUGUGUGUGUUCUAGGGUAAAAAGGCAAAGAACAGCGCGAAUAAAGAAAUAUCUAUUUUAUCGUUAGCUCCGAGGUGGACAUCUGAAAGGACAAUUUUCUAAAAAAAAAAAAAACAAAAAAAAAAAAGAAAAAAAGAAAAAAACGCAGUUAUUUGUAUAAGUAUAAAAGAGAGAGAGUUUCGCAAAACUGUGUGCUACGAUUGUACAAAGCAGUAGGUUUUGUUAUAAACUGUUUGCAUAUUGUAUAUACUAUAUAUAUAUGUGUGUGUAAAAUGAUCGUUAAGAGAGUCAACUCCCCGAUCGACGCCAAGAAUUGCGACUGAACAGGACGCCAGUAAACGCACCGUUCGUUCGAUGUCAGUGUGAUGUAUCGUUUCGCGAUAAUCGCGUCGCUUGGAAAAAUAGGACAUCGGUUGCAUUUGUAUUUUUGUCACUGCGAUUAUUUAGUCGUGUGUGCGCGCACUUGUACCACAUCGCUUGUACCAUCGUUGGUCCCAUUGUUGUUUUGUUUCGCGACUGAAUAAUCGCGCGACAGAAAAUCGCGUAUGCGCGCCUAGUCUUUAUAAACUUACAUCUUUAAAUUUACAAAAGCACGAGAGAGAGACGCAUUACAGCUCUAAUAAAUAUUAUCUUCAAUUUAUACAAAAAGAAAUGAAUUCGAUGGAAAUUACCUGUGAAAGAAAAUGUCUCAACGAUGCCGAUUGUAUCCUUGUGUAUAAAAUGGCUACGAGAGAUCAACAGUUUCACUAGUAAUUGCGGUGCAUAGCUGAAAUACAAUGAAAAAAAAAGGAUUAAAUAAACGUAAAACAAAGUAGUGAGAUUUUCGUUAAAUGACACGUCGUAAUUUCGGUAAAUCACCUUCUUCGUGUGCUUCGUCACCGUGUUCUAUCGGUAUCCUGGUGAAUGUGUGUUCUAGCAACUAUUAUUAAUUCAGUGGUCCAAAUUUCAGAGUAAAACGAUCUAUAUAUGUAUAUAUACAUCGAUAUUUUUUUCCGACAUUCUUUUCCUCGUAGAGUGCAAUAUUGGUUUCUUUUUUUGUUUUUGAUUUUUGUUUUUAAUACUCGGUAACUGAUUAUUGCUAUUAAACGAUUCAAUCGAUGCAUGCAGUCUGGAGGCCAUCUAUAUUACGCAAAUCGACUUAUCAUCAAAAUUAAGCAAAAAUCGCGGUAAAAACAAAUUUUUUAGUAACUCGGCACAUCCUAAAGGAAGAAAUUGAUUUGUUUUCUUUUGUAAGAGAGAUGGGGGAAAGUACAUGAUCAGAUAUAUCAAGAUAGUUGAAAAUUAGUUUUAGUGUAAUUUUAUUAUUCUCCGGAUUAAGAGGAAGUUUUCUUUUUUUGGGUAAUGUUAGUUUAGAUUAGAUUUACUCUGUAAUUUCAAUAAAACAAUUGUCAUAUUCAACGAUAUUACAUUUUAUAUGUACUUAAUCAAUAUGUAAAAAAAAAAAAAAUUUAUUUGACAAUGUGCGUGAAAUGAGAUUUUAAAGUAAAUAUAUUAUAAAACAAUUGCAAAGAACACUACAAUUGUAUCGGAUUAAAUUAAAAAAAAAAAAACAAAAAAACAAAAAACCAAAAAAAAAUUUAUAUUUGAAUCUCCGUCGUGCACACACACACGUAGCCAAUUGUUAUCAACCAAACGGAUUACAUCCAAUAACAAAAAUUGUUUUUUCUUUUUAAGCACAAACCAUGUCAUGUGAAAAAAAAUAAUAUUAUAAUUAAUAGCUAAAAACGUUUCUUUUCAAUAUCGCUCGUGUGAUUAUAAAACUCGUCUCGAGACUCACAACACUAUUCGUAUCUACGUAUAAAAAUAGGGAAAACUGGACAACGAUGUAUUACGAUUUAUGUGAUCAGUGUGCAUUGUUAGUUCAACUUAUCACUAGUUAUCAUAUCGAAGGUACACACAUACACACACACACACACACACACACACACACACACACACACACACACACAUACACGCGCAAUUUACAACUGUUGUCCUACCUCUUGCUAUGGCUCCGCAAACCUUUAUAAUACACAUUUCUUUAAAUUAUUACAGUUGUAUAGCGUUAUAUGUGAGUAACAUGUAUUUCUAAGAGACAUAUAUGAUGAGAAAAACAAACGGUGUGUGAAGUGAAUGUGAUACAUUAUUAUGUGUAAGGAUGAUAUAUAUGUGUGUGAGAGAAUACGCCAAUUGUUUGGUAUCUGUGUAUACGUAUGGAACUGGAGAGUGCGCGAAUGGAGUAUUAAGUACGAACACAUAAAAAAAAAUCUGCGAAAAAGAGACAGAUUAUCAAUAACAUGUGGGAUUAGAAACAAAAAAAAAAUAUAAUAAAGAAACUGCUUUUCCUGAAAUUCGCACUUGUAGAUUCAAGAUUUCAGGAAACAAAUUUAGUAGGGACGCACGACGGAUUUGGAUCCACGACAUAGAGCCAUGCUGGGAAUCAUCGACGAUGUGAUUGUUUUUACACGCAUACACAUGCGCAUACACGCACAGACACACACACACACACACACGCAUACACUUUAAGGAUUUAUUUAUAACAUAUGAUAGUGAUGUCGCGUUCUCUCUCUUUCUCUUUUAACACAUUUACGCUUUGGAGAACAUAAAAAAAUUCUUCUUUAUGUAAAACGGCUAAAACUGACGAGAGACGGUACAUAAGAAAAUACCAAAGAAAUACAAUAUUUACUUUUUAGCAUUGAAUUUUAUAUGAGAAAUUCUUUAACGUUUCGUUGAUACUCAUCUCUCUAUCUCUUUAUCUUUCUCUCUCUUUCUCUCUCUUUCUCUCUCUCUCUCUCUCUCUCUCUCUCUCUCUCUCUCUUCACACUAAUAUAUAUAUAUAUAUACAUACAUAUAUAUAUAUAUUUUAACUGUAUAAUAUCAGCUGUAUAAUAUCGUGUUCUAAACAGUUCCUGCUUGCAAACCCAAUUUCAUAAUUCACGAUAGGAAGUAAUCGGUUUUUUAUAACAGUGGGCCAUCGGUAUUUGCCUUUUGAGAGUUUAUGUGAUUAUAGAGAACAAUAUAUAUCAUUUAUCGCUCUAAACAAAAAAAAAAGAUCAGGUUUCUUAAUCCUCGUCAAACAAAGCGUUUUAUCGAACCAAAUCUUCUCUGACAAUGCGGAGUAUCGUUUACAUUUUCCAUAGAAUUUUUAUGCUGUUAAUUUUAUCGAUAAUUGUUAGUGGGAAACGCUUAUUGUUACCGGUAAUGUUUAUAUAGAGCUUUCUAUGGUACGCUGUGCGUUUCGAACGGCUAUUUUUGGAACCACUUUCUUCAACAACCAUAGAUUUCCGUGGAAAAAUAAAAAUAUAUAGGUGUUUAAGCAAGUUUGAAUUGUAAAACCUCUAAUGGAAUUUAUAUCUAUGAGAAUAUAUCGAUUCUUAACUCUUAAGUCACUUAUGAGUUCGAGAAUAACGGAGUAUACACACGUAUCGUAUCAUUGUAGAAAGAAAAGAAAGUUAACUGCGUUGAAAAAAACAAAAACAGAAAAAAAAAAGCAAAAAUUAAUCGUUGUGCAUGUAUUUUUGUCACUGCCAGUUUUAUUUAUCUCAAACUAAAUGUAACUGCCGCUUAUUUGCUGCAGUGUUGUCAAACCCUAAAUGCAUAAAACGAACGAAAUAACUGUAAGACGAAGAGUCGAUGUUUGUAAAAUCGUUUAACGAUAUUCAACGUGGUUUACUUUGAAUGUUUGUUUUCGGAGUUAUUUUAAGAGAACUCUUACUUAAUUUAAAUAAAUAUACAGCGUAUAUAUAUGUACUUUAUAUGUAUGUAUUGCACAUCGUAUGUAAUGGUAUGUACAAAGUGCGGCAACUUGUACACAGUUUGUGAUACAACCGGAAAAGAGUUGAGUACAAAAUUAAGUCAAAAAUGUAAAAUAAGGUUUGUUCGUGCGAAGCUUAGUUUUCAAGAAAGAACCUUUCUUGAAUUUUGACUUUAAAUAUUAGAAAAAGUGAUAUUGUAUUUACUUCUUGUCGUUCGCUUAAUUGACCUCAGCGAGUUGUUAUACAUCAAAUGUAUUUCAAUACAUAGAAGUUUGUUGUUGUCAAUUUGAAGCAAGCGCACUCUUUCAGUUCAGUAAAUUUCAAUUUAUUGAGUGAAAUAUUCUGCUCUUCCUAAAUUAAUACAUUUAUAAUAAUUGCUAUCGCAAAAUAUUUGAUGAUAAAUAUUGUCAGAGAUAAAUUAAGCGCGACAUAACUUAAAUACGAUAUUAAUUGUAUCACACAUGUCGCACACUUUGUGUACACAAACUAUUAUUUACUUAAAGCACAUAUAUAUAAAUGUAUAUAUAAAUAUAUAUCACAUAGGUAAAUACUUACAUACUUAUACAAUUAAUUUUCGAAAGUCGUAAUAUUCUGUGUGCGAGUUUUAUUAUGUGAGAAGUUUAAGGAAAGCUAAGUUUUAUUAUAUAUAAUUUUACUUGGUUUAAGUAAUUUCAAAUUAACAAAUGAUAAAACAAUAUUUUUGAGAGGAUGCUGGAAGCCGAACUUCACGGAAUAGCGUCUUCGUUUAGAGGAAACUAAAGAGCGGUCGUUGUCUCACAUUACACAAGUGACAUUAACCAUCGAACAUGUCAGAUAUUCUGCUGGCACUUCACAUCUCAUUCUCUUUUUCAAAAAGCUUUUAAAUUCUUGUCCAAAGGUUUCAUUAUAUUCUUCUGGGUAGCGAGAGAUAAUCAUUUUGUUUAGGUUUAAACUGAGAAUUGUAUUUUUAAAUCAAAAAGUAAAACUGCAGCUCAGGUUGUUCAUCGGAAACAGUAAUCCCAAAACAAUGUCGGUCAGCAUCCUCUGAGGAUCCUUCCAAGGAUCCGCUUAUAGCAGUCGUGUUGGUUCGCGAUGUCAGAAACGAGAAAUGUCACAGGAGGAUCGAUCUCACAAUCCUCGAUUAACUUAAUCGGCCGAUUAAUCCAUCGGAAUUAACCAAUCACGAUUGACACUUGAUCGACCGAUUAGCUUAAAUCGAAGAUUAGACAAUACCGACCCUGAGGCGUUUCUCGUCGUUUCUGACGUCGUCGUGAAGCAACGUGGCUGUUGUGAUAUAAACAAACUUGAUAUUUCUAUCUCACACAUUAAAAUAAAACGAAUUAAACUGUAAACUAAAUGUACCUGUAUUAAAUUUUGUAUUAGUAAAUAGUAUUCGUUUUCUUCUUUUUUAAGAAUCCAGAUAUACGCGCGCAAUUUACAGAUUGUUAAUUGUUGUAACUGCAACAAUCUUCAUAUUACACGAAAUUCGAGAGAGAGUGUCUCGAGAACAUGUCCCUCUUUUUCUGGCUUAUUGUCCGUAUAGUACAAUAUGUGAGUCUCUAGGAUAAUAUCGUUUUUUUUUUAGUUGUAUAUCAUAGUGAACGUAUUCUCUUUCCGAUUGUCGAGUUUUUCGAAGCGUAUUAUUUAUUUUUAUCAUGUGUGUUAUAUAUUUAAAAAAAAAAAAAAAAAAAACAACUGUUGUAUGUCGAAAAAACAAGAAAAAAAACAAAAAAAAAACGCUCAAAGUCCUGCGAAAUAGGAAGAGGAUAGUGACACUUAAGUUUUUUAAGGAAGAUGUAAUUUAUACAUAUACACAAAUCGA